AGCAGUACAAAAUGAAAGUGAAACUUUCUGAGCACAAUACUGCAUAGCCACAGACAGACAAGUCUUUGGAUCUUUUUGUGUGUAUGACCUGAGGUUUAUCACAUUCUUUCCUUGGAGGAAAAAACCUAUAAUGGCAGCAGGCCGUAAAAGAGACCCAGUUUGGCAAUAUUUUAAUGAAGUUCCUUUACCUAUCGGUAAGGCAGGCAUGCGUGCAAAAUGCAAACACUGCAACAAAGAAAUGCAAGGCCUGGUGGCCCGAAUGAGGCAACAUCAUGAGAAGUGCUGUGAUGAAGAUGACCAAAGAAACACAUUUGAACAGGCAGGAUCUUCAGGGGAAUUCAUGGAUUCUGGAAACUAUCCACCUUCAAGAUCACCAUCCUCCUGUUCUACAGUUUCAGAGUUAUCCAUCCAGGAUAGUGCUUCAUUAGCAUCAUCAUCAGACACCCACAGCCACAUAUCACUAUCACCUAAAAGAAAGAAAAAAUCCUUCCUUCCUGGAACCACCAUAGAUAAGUUUGUGAUAAAAACUAGCAGAUUAGAAAAAGAGUUAAUUGAUGAAAAAAUUGCCCAGUUUGUUUAUGCAACGAACUCUUCUUUCCGUCUGACUGAGAACCCACAUUUCAUUAAUAUGGUUCAGUCACUGAGACCAGGAUACAGUCCACCCAGCAGAGCAGAUGUUGCAGGGAAACUGCUGGAUAAAGUGUAUGACAGAGAAAUGGAGCAAUGUGCAACAGCUCUGGAGGGUAGAAUUGUUAACCUAAGUAUUGAUGGGUGGAGUAAUGUCCACAAUGAUCCUAUUGUAUGUGCUUGUAUAACAACAGAAGAAGGGAAAGUCUUCCUUGCACAAACAAUUGAUACGUCAGGAAAUGCACACACAGCAGAAUACUUACAAGAAGUGGCAGUAAAAGCUAUAAUAACAUGUGAACAAAAAUUCAAAUGUCUAGUACGCAGUUUGGUCACAGACAAUGCUGCAAAUGUAUCCAAGAUGAGAAGAAAUUUAGAAGAGCAGGAAGGGAAUACAAAGCUAAUAACAUAUGGUUGCAGUGCUGAUUUGCUGCACCUCUUAGCCAAAGACUUAAGUGUUCCAGAAAUAAAGACUAAUGUUGUUGAAAUUGCUAAAUACUUCCGUAACAAUCACUUUGCUGCAGCAGCUCUGAAAAGGAUGGGUGGAACCAAGCUAACGCUCCCACAAGAUGUUGGAUGGAACUCUGUGGUGGACUGUUUUGAGCAGUAUAUCAAGAACUGGCCUAUUCUGAUGACAGUUUGUGAACAAAAUCGAGAUAAAAUAGAUGGCACUGUCACGGCCAAAAUCCUCAACAUUGGGCUUAAGAGAAAUGUUGAACAUAUGCUGAGCAUCCUGAAACCCAUCUCUGAAUCUUUAAACAAAAUACAGAAAAAUAGCUGUUUUAUUGCUGAUGCUGUUGAAAUUUGGAAGGAACUGAGUGAACACUUAAAAACAGAACUACACAUGGACAGAAUUAAAUUACAAGCAUUAAAAAAACGAAUAGGACAAGUACUGUCUCCAGCUCAUUUUUUGGACUUAAGUGCUGAGGAAGAGGAGUUAGCUAUGACAUGGGUAUCCAGCAAUCAUCCAUCUGUAAUGCCAACUAUAAUAAACUUCAAAGCUAAGGGGGAACCAUUCAAGAAAUAUAUGCUUGCUGAAGAUAUUUUAAAGAAAGUCACACCAGUGAACUGGUGGAAGUCACUUAAGCACUUGGAUUUAGAGACUGUUCAAGUAAUGAUUUCACUUUUAACAGCAGUAGCUUCUUCUGCAGGCGUUGAAAGAAUAUUCUCUUCCUUUGGACUCAUUCAUUCUAAAUUGAGAAAUCGUUUGGGACCCGAUAAAGCAGGAAAGCUUGUUUUUCUUUUCCAGAUUAUGAACAAAGAAGAAGAUGAAGAUGACGAGUGAGCUACAGAGGACAGUAUUUAAGUUUUUCAUGUGUAGGCUGGGCUGACAGUCUAAGUUUCUUAAAAUAUGUAUAUUUUAUUUAGCCAAAUUAGUUAACAAACAUGGAUGUUUGUUUAAACAAAUAACAUAUGCUGUAAUGUUAUUGUUUCAGUUGAAUAAAUCUAUUUAAAUUGUUA